CAAGAAUCUUUUAAUUUUAUGGAAAGCUGAUGGUAGAAAUUUGUAUUUUCUUGUGACUAUUAGAAUUAAAGAUACUGAAGCAAAGCAAGGGCACAAUGAAAUUGGGUCUGGUGCUGAGGAUAUUAUUAAUAGGAUUACUCAUCUCUACAACAUGGACCCAAGUGGCAUCAGGACUCAUGACUUCAGAGUGCUUGAAGAACUUUUUGCAUUUAACCCUGAGUAUGGAACACUUUAAGGAUAAAUAUUUAUCUUUUUCUGCUGUUGAUCGAUCUGGUAUAACCUGGGAGCUAGACGAGGCCCUGGCAUCUCAGUGUGGCUACACAAUAACUUACAGCAGCAGGAAUAGCAUUGUAUUUCGUGCUUCAGCGCUAAGUUGUCAUUCUCACUUGGAGAAAGAUGUGUUUACAGUAACUAUACAGAUUAAAGUGUCCCAUACUUCUGAUAUGAAAAAUGCUACAACUCAUCUGAAAAGUGCAAGUUGUCCUUGUGGCCCAUGGAGUCCAAGAGAGUUAGUAUGUGAAACCAACUACAUGGAGGUUUCUAUCUGGAGAGAUGUUCCCCAAACUGAGAAGGAUAUUGUCUUGAAUGAACCUGAGGAUUGGAUUCUUUCUUAUCAGGAGGCAAAAGCAGGGGAAGCCUCAGUAUGGCAGAUAGUAUUUCAUCAACCAGAAGAAAAAAGAGCUCUGCUUGUAAGUGAUGCUUGGAGGGCUGGCUAUGGACUCAACACCACAGAAACCAGAAUUCUGCUGCGAGUGCCAUAUAGCACUGCACAAAUUCAACUGGUCAAGGCUCAGGGAAUUACCUUUUCUGCAGUGAGAUCAAGUACAUUUUACAAACAGCAGUGGAUGAUCCUGAUGGUGGAUACUGCUAUGGCAUGUCCUGUAGAUGGUGUGAACUACAUUAACAAAACAAUCAUCUGGACUGUUCCAAAAUAUUUUCAAGCACUCUGUGCUGGAGCAACUGGCUUUAAGGAUGUGCUUGUUGAAGCUGGUGUGAAUCUACACAAACUCUCUGCUGAAGAAAUGGCCUCCAGGAAAUAUGUGUUGUCUAAUGACUUAAAUACAAUUACAGUGAAGAUACCUAUAGGUGCAGAAGGUGGCUUUUACAAGACUUCCGUAAGCAGUGGAAAGCAUGGGGCAAAAUACUCCAUCAACCUGUUCUUGGAACACCAGUGGGAGGAUAACAAAUGGGGACUAACCAAGUAUACCAUCAUCAAGGAGAUAGAAACACCGUUUGAACAAGCAGAACUUGCUGUAACUAACAACUCCAAUCUGAGUGCAAGGCUAAUGAAUGUUACAGUGGGAAUGUUUCUCCUGGAUGUGGAGCUUGUGAACUUGACCAUUGAGGGGACAACUGUAACUGUACCUGAAGCUAUUCAGCAUGGAUAUUUAACAUAUGAAAUUCGAUAUGCUAAUGGAAGCAAAAUUUAUGUAAUACAAGUGUCAUUUGAUGCACCAGGCAUUAAGAAAGAGUAUGUAACUGAUGACACAAGAGAAUACACACUGAAUGUCACCCUGAAGUUCAUCAUCCUUCCAACAAAUGACACAUUUGCUGUCCCUGUUAUAACAGUGUCUGCUGUUAAAGAUGCUGUACUACCCAGUGCAAGGGGAUACUGUGAUGAGGAUGACUUCCAUCUCAUUAUCACCCGUGGGAAUGUGGACCAAAACUGGCUGCCCUUCAUCUCAGAUCAGCACCUGAUGCCAGAGGUUGCUCAGAAAGACUACUAUAGCCUGAAUGACAAUGGCACUCACUUGUUUGUCUCUGUCCCUUUUCUUUCCUCCCUUGUGGACUAUAAGGAUAUCCAUAUUUCUGGAGUAAUGGCUUCACUUCACUUAACCUUGAAGGAUGGCAUCACCUUGGCUAAUAAGAAGGACUUCUUGAUUUCCUGCAGAUUUCCACCUUCGGAGCUAAUUCAGUGCCUUCCCAAUGGCACUGUGGUAAUUACUGCAAUAAAAUUAGUAAGACUUGCAGAUCUGGACACCAGCCUGCUUGUCUUAAGAGACAAACAGUGUAAACCCAGUCUAGUGACAAAGAAGUCUGCAACCUUUAAAUUCAAUGUGAAUACAUGUGGAACAAGUAGAAAGUUCAACAGCACAUCUAUAACAUAUGAAAAUGAUGUACUCUAUUUCAGACCUGGAAAUGAUAUACCAGUAUACCAAUUAAAGUUUGUAUGUGUUUACACAAUCAAGCACUCAGCUGAUGUCAAGUAUGAAAAUAAGAAGAACCUUCCAUCAAAUAUUAAGCCAGGUUUUGGCUCUUUAGAUCUCUCACUGAAGCUUUUUAAAGAGAAAUCCUAUUCUGAGCCCUAUCAGGAGCUGGAAUAUCCUGUGGUAAAAUAUCUGAGGGAGGCACUGUACUUUGAAGUUGAACUGCUCCAGCCUGCAGACCCAAGACUGGAACUGAACUUGGAAGACUGUUGGGCUACCAAUUCUCAAAGCCAAGACAGUCUUCCACAAUGGCCAAUCCUCAUAAAUGGGUGUGAAAAUAGUGAGGACACUUACAGAACAGUCUCUCAUGAAGUUAAUGUCAGCCAUAGAGUAAAAUUUCCUCAGCACUUCAAGAGAUUUGAAGUGACAGUGUUCACCUUUGUACAAGGCACAACUCUAUUACAAAUGCAGUUAUAUUUCCACUGCAGUGUUGUGAUCUGCAGCACUACACCACUGCCUUCAGAUGUGAUUUGUCAGAGGAGAUGCAAUCCUGGGACACAUCGCCUUGACCGCAGUGCAGAACCACAUCGACAGGGACAAGUGUCAUCUGGAGCAGUGCUUAUUAGAAAGGAAAAAAUGGUCAGAAAAGGUGAACGCACAGAUUUCUGAGGAAAUAUCCAAGGACUGCUUAGUUCCACAAAAUUGCAGUUAAAUGGCCCCUAACCAGGGCUGUUAGGCCAGUAGUCUGCUUGGACUUGCAAGGAAGGGCAUCUUAAAAAUAUCUGCCAGGAAAACACAUUCUCAUUGCCUAUGAGGAAAAGGGUCAGCUAAAUAAACAUUGAUGUAAUCUCUUAGUAAA